GACAAUGGGAAAGAAGUUGGUUGGAAGUUUCAGUGUCAGGGAAGUUAGAUUUACAAGGGUCUUCAUUUUAAGAAUGGAUGGAACAUGAGGCUACUCAGCUGGAAAAUCAGCAUGUACAUAGUGUGUAUGAAAGCACAGCCUCCUAUUUUAAUGACCUGCAGAGCAAAGCAUGGCCUCGUGUUCGUCAGUUUUUGUUGGAGCAAAAGCCUGGCAGUCUCAUUGCUGAUAUAGGAUGUGGGACCGGAAAGUAUCUCAGUAUCAACAGUCAGGUGUUUAAUCUGGGCUGUGAUUAUUGCGAACCUUUGAUAAAUAUUGCAAGGAAGAAAGGCUGUGAAGUCUCAGUAUGUGACAACCUUAAUCUUCCCCUUAGGGAUCAGUGCUUCGAUGCAAUCAUCUCCAUUGGAGUGAUUCACCAUUUCUCAACUAAACAAAGAAGAAUCAAAGCAAUAAAAGAAAUGGCAAGGGUGUUGAUACCUGGAGGUCAGAUCAUGAUUUAUGUUUGGGCUAUGGAACAAAAAAAUCGUCGCUUUGAAAAACAAGAUGUAUUUGUUCCAUGGAAUAGGGACUUGUGCUCCCGGCUUCUAUCAGAAUCAAAUCAGUUUGGACAUAAGAGUGAUCUUGAACAUACUGUAAAAAAACACCCACAGCAACUAGUAGACUCUGAAUGCAGCUACCCAAUUAAUCUUAAACAGGAACUUGAUAGAAAAACUUCCCACAGUACAGACCAUUGCUUAGCCAAAACCUGCUGCAUGAAAAUGUCUGAAGAAGAAGAAAAUCGAUUCUAUAGAGCUCUAGGGAAAUCUUUUCGUUCAUGGUUUUUCUCCAGAUCCCUUGAUGAAUCAACCUUAAGAAAGAAAACUGAGAAGGUGAAAUCUCUGAAGAAUGUAGGAGGAUGGGCAAACAGUACCAUAUCCAUUCAACCGUCAAGACACUGCAGUUUAGACUUAGGUCACUGUGGGCCAUUAUUAAAAGAGCAAAGUUUAGAUGAUGAUGAAGUGUUUAUGGAAAAUGCGACUGUCAAAAAACCACAGUGGAUGACAGCCUCAGGUGUAAUAAGGGAUUUAAAUGAAGAACACCAUGAAGUAGGUCAGAACAAGAAUGAAGAAACAUCUUUUCUGGGUGGUCCUGUGGAAGACGGGGACAACAACUGUACUUAUAGUAGAGAUGAAGAUGGUAAGUCUACCGCUAGCAAACUCCUUCAAAGAACUUUAACAACUGACUCCACUGAUUCUAUUUUGGAUGAAGCAAUGGCUGUUGAGGAUCAGGUUGUUGGCAUAUUGGAUACAAAAGCCUUCAUGCGUUAUUAUCAUGUUUUUCGGGAAGGAGAGCUAUGUUGUUUACUGGAAGAGAAUGUGCCUGAGCUCCAUAUUAUUAGUUCUUGCUAUGAUCAUGGAAACUGGUGCAUUAUUGCAGAGAAAAUAGCAAAGUAACUGCAAACUGAGCAAACAAAACAAAAUUUUUUGAAAAUUGAAAACUUUGAACACUGCUCCUUGAAGGUGUUCUGUGGUGGUGUUAUAAUUGUGCAAUAUAAAAUGGAAUUUGAGUCUCAUGUAGUUGUGUUCCAUCCAUUUCUGAUUUCAUUUUGUAUGUAUCUAUAAAUACUGUGUAUAAGAAUGUAAAAGGCAAACAACAAUACUUAUGUUUUGUCAAAGAUAGGCUUUUAAGAGUUUUAUAUUGCUUUUAGCAAAUGAUUCAGUUUUUAAAUGUACUUUUGUAUUGAAAAAUAAACAAAACAUUUUUAUAAGAUAAGGAUCAGGGCAUCUUUUAUGAGAAAUAUUUGCUCAAUGUAAACGUAAAGCUUGGUAAUGAAAACACUUAAGCAUGUGUGUUAACUUUACUCAGUAUGGUCCUGAUUCAGCAGUCCAUGCUUCUUCAGCAAAUAACUUAAGGACAUGCUUAACUUUAAACAUGUGCCUAAGUUCCAAUUUGGAUACAUGCUUUAAGUUAA